UCGAGUUUCUCUUCCUGGUUUUUCCCUCAAAUUAUCAAAAUCCCCAAUUCUUGUCUGCCGUUAGGGUUUCUAUUGUCUCCACUUUUUUCUUCUUCUUCUUCUUUCGCUUCUACUUUUUUUCUUUCGUCGAACAAUUCUGGAUUUAUCAUGAGGAGGACGGUGAAGAGAGAAUCGGCAGUAGCCGGCGAAGGCGGUGGCAGGAGAGGAGUCGACGAGUCGGGGCGUUUAAGGUCUGUGAAGAAGGAGAAGGAGAAAGAGAAGCAGAGGAAGAGCGUAGGUGGCUCCUCGCAACCCGACGAGCCGCCGAUUCAGGAGGAAGAACAGGGAAUCUCUGAUCGGAGGAUUCUCAGAUCUCAGUAUCUCGCCCUAAUUAACAAAAUCAGCGAUUCUAAAGAUGAUUUGACGAGGGUUGAUUCGGACAAGUUCUCCCGAAUUUUUAGUGAAUUUGAGAACCUGCACCAGAAAGUUCAGAAGCCUAGGGAGCAAGUUGCAGAUGCGGAGGCUUUUCUAGAUAUAGCAAACACCAUAAUGUCGUCGGUGAAGUCUCAGUCUGCUAAUGGGGUCUCUCCGGCUGAGUUUGUUAAUGCUUUGGUCAAUGGGUUUGGUCAGGCUUCUCUAGGGAUCGAUGCUGAUGAAACUGCCCCAGUAUCUCUAAAAUGGAAGGAUCUUGGGCUUGCUGUCUGUUCUACUGUUUUGGUAUCAUGUGGUUGUUCCACAAUGUUGGGACCUAUGGACACUGAAUUGAAGGAAAGGAAAAGGACAGUCCACAGAAAACGUACAAAGCCUGGUGAAGGCGUUCGUCCAGAGGAGGUAGAUGAUACACAAUCAGAAGAGAAAACAGAUACAGACAAGAACAUGGCGAUAAUGUUUAACAUCUUACGGCAAAAGAAGCGCGUGAGGCUUGAGAAUCUGGUGCUCAACAGGAGAUCAUUUGCACAGACCGUAGAGAAUUUGUUUGCUCUAUCUUUCUUGGCCAAGGACGGACGAGUAGAGAUCAUUGUCGAUAAGAGUGGUUCUCAUUUUGCUUUGCCGAGAAACGCACCCAGUGCAAACCUGGUGAUGUCAGGGGAAGUCAUGUAUAAUCAUUUUGUGUUUAGAUUAGAUUUCAAAGAUUGGAAGCUAAUGUCUGAAAUGGUGCCAAUGGGCGAAGAGUUAAUGCCACACAGAGAAAUUGCAAUCGCUUCAUCUUCUUGCCCCUCUGCAUCAGCAGGCUUCACACAAGAUUCUCAGACAACGCCGAUAAGAAAACUAUCGAGAAACAGAGGUUUGGUUGUACAAGAAGAAACUGUUGUAGAAGAUUCUCCUGACAUGGAGGGCGAUGGAACUCGAAGGAGAUGUAAGCGGAGACUCACUUGAGAAGAUGAGUCUUAUUGUACGGAGUGUAUAGAGUGGAGAGUCAAAACUCCUUGUGGCUAUUUGAUUUUGUGACAUUAACUUAAUGUCUUCUUUAGAAUUGUUUUGUUCAUGGUAGGUUUUAGCAUUUAGGUGGCUUUGUCUCAACUCUGAAAAGGAACCAUUGAAGCCUUUUUGGCUUUUCUUCUUCUUUAUCUUAUCAAGAGAGACAUUUGAUCUAAUUAAUGUUAGAUUAUCAAAA